AUGAACAGUAGAGCGUUUAUCGGACCGGGAAGAGCGCACUCUGAAGAAAAUUCAUCUACGCAGUUAGAAUUUUUAUAUUUUGUUCACAAAUCCUUAGUGUUGAAUGUAAGAAUCACGUUUAGUGGUAUAUGUAAGAGUCACGUGAGUAAGAAUAACGUUAGAACGAAUCACGAUAGUAAGAAUCACGUUAGUGAGAAUCACGAUAGUAAGAAUCACGUUAGUGAGAAUCACGAUAGUAAGAAUCACGUUAGUGGUAUAUGUAAGAGUCACGUGAGUAAGAAUAACGUUAGAAAGAAUCACGAUAGUAAGAAUCACGAUAGUAACGAUAGUAAGAAUCACGUUAGUGAGAAUCACGAUAGUAAGAAUCAUGUUAGUGAGAAUCACGAUAGUAAGAAUCAUGUUAGUAAGAAUCACGUUAGUGAGAAUCACGAUAGUAAGAAUCACGUUAGUGGUAUAUGUAAGAGUCACGUGAGUAAGAAUAACGUUAGAAAGAAUCACGAUAGCAAGAAUCACGAUAGUAACGAUAGUAAGAAUCACGUUAGUGAGAAUCACGAUAGUAAGAAUCAUGUUAGUGAGAAUCACGAUAGUAAGAAUCAUGUUAGUAAGAAUCACGUUAGUGAGAAUCACGAUAGUAAGAAUCACGAUAGUAAGAAUCACGUUAGUGAGAAUCACGAUAGUAAGAAUCACGUUAGUGAGAAUCACGAUAGUAAGAAUCAUGUUAGUGAGAAUCACGAUAGUAAGAAUCAUGUUAGUGAGAAUCACGAUAGUAAGAAUCAUGUUAGUGAGAAUCACGAUAGUAAGAAUCAUGUUAGUGAGAAUCACGAUAGUAAGAAUCAUGUUAGUGAGAAUCACGAUAGUAAGAAUCACGUUAGUGAGAAUCACGAUAGUAAGAAUCACGUUAGUGAGAAUCACGUUAGUGAGAAUCACGAUAGUAAGAAUCAUGUUAGUGAGAAUCACGUUAGUGAGAAUCACGAUAGUAAGAAUCAUGUUAGUGAGAAUCACGUUAGUGAGAAUCACGUUAGUGAGAAUCACGAUAGUAAGAAUCACGUUAGUGAGAAUCACGAUAGUAAGAAUCAUGUUAGUGAGAAUCACGAUAGUAAGAAUCAUGUUAGUGAGAAUCACGAUAGUAAGAAUCAUGUUAGUGAGAAUCACGUUAGUGAGAAUCACGAUAGUAAGAAUCACGAUAGUAAGAAUCACGAUAGUAAGAAUCACGUUAGUGAGAAUCACGAUAGUAAGAAUCACGUUAGUGAGAAUCACGAUAGUAAGAAUCAUGUUAGUGAGAAUCACGAUAGUAAGAAUCAUGUUAGUGAGAAUCACGAUAGUAAGAAUCAUGUUAGUGAGAAUCACGAUAGUAAGAAUCAUGUUAGUGAGAAUCACGAUAGUAAGAAUCACGUUAGUGAGAAUCACGAUAGUAAGAAUCACGUUAGUGAGAAUCACGAUAGUAAGAAUCAUGUUAGUGAGAAUCACGAUAGUAAGAAUCAUGUUAGUGAGAAUCACGAUAGUAAGAAUCAUGUUAGUGAGAAUCACGAUAGUAAGAAUCACGUUAGUGAGAAUCACGAUAGUAAGAAUCACGUUAGUGAGAAUCACGAUAGUAAGAAUCAUGUUAGUGAGAAUCACGUUAGUGAGAAUCACGAUAGUAAGAAUCACGUUAGUGAGAAUCACGUUAGUGAGAAUCACGAUAGUAAGAAUCAUGUUAGUGAGAAUCACGUUAGUAAGAAUCACGAUAGUAACGAUAGUGAGAAUCACGUUAGUGAGAAUCACGAUAGUAAGAAUCACGAUAGCAACGAUAGUGAGAAUCACGAUAGUAAGAAUCACGUUAGUGAGAAUCACGAUAGUGAGAAUCACGUUUGUGGUGUGUGUGUGUGUAAUCACUGA